UGAAUGAAGUAAAUGCAAAUCCAACUACUAACAAACCCUACUUAGUCAUCAUUUUUUUCCCAUAUGAAAUUCCUAUAUAAACCCAUCAUCACCUCCCACUUUUCUCAUCCAACAACAAAAACACAAGCAUAGAAAACAAAACCCAACUAAUCACCAAAAAAGAAGCAAACACAAUGGCUUUCGCUUUGAGGUUCUUCACAUGCCUUGUUUUGACGGUGUUCAUCGUUGCAUCAGUAGAUGCAGCAAUCACAUGCGGUACAGUGGCGAGUAGCUUGAGUCCGUGUCUAAGCUACCUAUCAAAAGGUGGGGUGGUGCCACCUCCGUGCUGUGCAGGAGUCAAAAAGUUGAACGGUCUGGCUCAAACCACACCGGACCGCCAACAAGCAUGCCGAUGCUUACAGUCCGCUGCAAAAGGGGUUAAUCCAAGUCUAGCCUCUGGCCUUCCUGGAAAGUGCGGUGUUAGCAUCCCCUAUCCCAUCUCUACGAGCACUAACUGCGCCACCAUCAAGUGAAGUGGGGGAUUACGACAUGAUUUGCUUAAAGACUUGAAGAGUAUGGUUUCGUAUAAGUAAAAUAAAAGACGGCUAUCUAAGCUGCUAUAUAUUAAUUACCAUGUCUUUUUUUUCGUCUUGAUCGCUUUCAAAUCUUUUGCUUUCUUAUGUUGUAUACUUGCAUCUUAACAUGUUUAAGAUAUGAUAUAUAAUAUAAAGUAUACCGUAUUAAUCAUC